CCCCUCGGUACCAACAUGGCUGCAGCCCUGCGUACUGCGGGCACACUUCUCUGCGACCGGCUGGUGUCCGGUGGCUCGAGGGUGCAGCAGCAGUGGAUGUGCCAGUUGGGGGCGGCGGUGGCAGCAGCAGCCACAGAAGCAACCCAGCGGGUCAAAAGCACAAAACCUCAAGUUCAACCAGCGAAGAGGAAGCCCAGAACAGGGGUGCUGAUGCUGAACAUGGGAGGCCCUGAAACUCUCGGAGAGGUGCACGACUUCCUGCUCAGGCUCUUCUUGGACCGGGACCUCAUGACACUGCCACUGCAAAAUAAGCUGGCACCAAUCAUCGCCAAACGCCGAACCCCCAGAAUCCAAGAGCAGUAUCGGAGGAUUGGCGGCGGGUCCCCCAUCAAGCUGUGGACGUCCAAGCAAGGUGAAGGGAUGGUGAAGCUGUUGGACGAGAUGUCCCCCAACACAGCCCCUCACAAAUACUAUAUUGGAUUUCGGUAUGUCCAUCCUUUAACCGAAGAAGCAAUUGAAGAGAUGGAGAGAGAUGGACUGGAAAGGGCUAUUGCCUUCACACAGUAUCCACAGUACAGCUGUUCCACCACAGGCAGCAGCUUAAAUGCUAUUUACAGAUAUUACAGUGGAAUGGGGAAGAAGCCGACCAUGAAGUGGAGCGCCAUAGACAGGUGGCCCACGCAUCCCCUCCUCAUCCAGUGCUUUGCAGACCACAUUCUCAAAGAGCUGGACCAUUUUCCACUGGAGAAGAGAAACGAGGUGGUCCUUCUCUUUUCUGCCCACUCACUGCCAAUGUCUGUGGUCAACAGAGGGGACCCCUAUCCUCAGGAGGUCGGAGCCACUGUCCAAAGAGUCAUGGAUAAGCUGGGCUACUCCAACCCUUACCGACUGGUGUGGCAGUCCAAGGUUGGGCCGAUGCCCUGGCUGGGCCCUCAAACAGACGAGACCAUCAAAGGACUCUGCGAGAGGGGCAGGAAGAACAUUCUUUUGGUUCCCAUAGCGUUUACAAGCGAUCACAUUGAAACGCUGUAUGAACUGGAUAUCGAGUACUCUCAGGUUCUAGCCAAAGAGUGUGGAGUGGAGAAUAUCCGAAGAGCAGAGUCUCUGAAUGGAAAUCCAUUGUUCUCUAAGGCCCUGGCCGACUUGGUGCUCACGCACAUUCAGUCCAACGAGCUCUGCUCCAAGCAGUUGACACUGGGCUGCCCGCUCUGUCCUAAUCCCGUCUGCGGAGAGAUGAAAUCCUUCUUCACCAGCCAGCAGCUGUGA